AGUAGCGAACAAGAACCAGCGAGGUCGUGAACACGGCGUGUUUACUGUUUAUCGUCCACGUUGAUAAUAAUAUGUACAAAUAAAUAACAUUCUCUUCAAUAAUUUAAUAAACAUCAGACAUUCGCUUGCAAUAAGAUUCAGGGAAAAUUUAUUUUAAUAAAAAAAUGGUAGACAAGCUUGAACUUCGUUUUGCAACUUACAUGUGUCCUACACAUCCCGUUGAAUUAUAUGAGCUAAUAAUAGAACUAGUGGAAGAAGCUUUGGAUUGCUACGUUUCAUUGCAAUAUGAAAGCCGACGCCCGGGACCAAUAGCUAACCGUCCAGAUCCCUUUCAGUCUGAUAAGCUUGAUCUGGCUUUUAUGACUGCAGCAGCCUAUAUGAGAAUAAGGCAGAAAGGAAAUAAAUACAUACAGCUUUUACCUGUUACUCCAGUAUUUGCCCAUCAAAUGAAUGUGGAAAAUAAACCAGGAUAUUUCUCCGAUGUUAUCAUACAUAGUGAUAAAAAGGCCCAUAACGUCAAUACUUUACACGACCUUCGCGGAUGUACGUUUGCAUACAGCGAUGAAGAAUCACUAAGCGGAAGUAAAAUAGUCCUUAAGACAUUAAGAGAAAAGGGCGAAAAUGCAUCUUUCUUUGGCUCACUACUAAAAUCUGGAUCACAUUUGGCCUCUGCUCAAAUGGUCUUAUCUAAACAAGCGGAAUGGGCGGCGGUCGAUUCAACGACCCUACUAAAUUCAAAAAAAUACAUGCACGACGGAGGUAAAGAUAUUAUAACUUUGGAAACAUUAGGGCGAUUGCCGCCGUACCCCAUCGUAGUAAAUUCCAGAUUAUCAGAUAACAUUAAAACCUCAAUUGCUAAAGCGUUACUAAUAUUAUCCCAAACAAGCGAAUGGAAGAAAAAAUUUGCAAAGUUUGGUUUAAUAAAAUUCGAAAAUAAUAGUGAAAAUGCCUAUGAUGGGCCGUCUGCACAGAUGUGGUCCAUCCAGAAAGAAAAACUCAAUGUUCGAUAUUAUUAGAUUAUUACUAGUCCUCAGUUUAUUUUAUGUGAUUUAUAUUUUGUAUGUUGAUUUCACACCGAAAAAAUAGUUAUACUACAACUAUGCCAAGGACAUAAAAUCUAUAUUACAUAUUAUUUAAGUAAGCAUUUAUUUUUUAUAUUUUAAAAAGUAUAUUAAAGAAUUAUUAUGUUA